UAUUUUGUUUGUUUUUUUUGCUUCCAUAGAGAGUGGAAAAAUGGCAGGCGGUAGCGGGCAAUUGAAGUUUCUUGACUGGUACCUGAAGAUAGCGGCGGUGUCGGCUUUCGUAGGGGCUUCGAUGGAGAUUUUCAUGAUCCACACCGGCUUCUAUGAUAAGGUAACUGUUCUGGAGUCAGAAAAACGGGCAUGGGAGAGUUCCCCUGAGGCUGAAGCCAUAAAAGAAGCUCUGAAUCCCUGGAGACGGCUUGAUGAAGACAAAAGUAGACCAUGACCAGUGAAGUUGAAUUGCAAGGCACAUUUCAUUGACCUCGUUGACUAUCCUCCAUUACAUCGUUUGACAAGUUCAGAUGAAAAUUUUUCAGUUGGGAAGUUGUUUUACCAGAUGUUCUUCUCUGGUUUAUCUGGUUUUGUGCUCCAGGCAUCAUCAGAAGUUUUAUUAUUAUAGUGGUAUCAUUGCUGCUCCUGGUCUCUACCACCAUGGUUGGUAGUUGUGCUUCGUGUAAACUUUAUUUUCGACGAUAAUAAGUUGGGAGCCAUCUUUUCGUUACUCUACUGGGAAUUCAGUUGGGACAAUCUUGAUUGCUCUCGUCAGGAAUUGGGGAGCAUCUAUAAUUUAUAAUUUUGUAGACACUUUCAUGUCCUUUAACUAAUAAAACUUAUUAAUAAAAUUUGUUAAAAAAUCACCUUUAAUC